CUCGGCGCCCGCGGCGGCGGCUGCGCCGGCCACGACGGCGGCCAGCGCGAUGCAGGCGGGCGGCGGCAGCAACGGCCUGGCGCCGCCGCCGGCCGACGUGCGCGUGCACGACACGGGCUCGGUGCGCUCCGUCUCGUCGGACGACGUGUCCGAGUCGAUCGCGGCGGAGGCGGCGGCGGCCGCGGCGGCGUCGGGCGUGCACGGCUGCGCCUGCAGGGCGGCCAACCCGGCGUACCGCAGCGGCCGCCGCCUGCAGCUGCUGCAGAUGCUGGUGCUGCCGUUCGUGCCGGUGCUCGCGCUCAUCGUGCAGACCUCGCUCAGCCUGCGCGACACGCUCGUCGACCGCCAGGAGGUCGGCGACAUAGAGGCGCAGGUGACAAUAGCCACGGACCUGGGCAAACUGGUGACCAGAAUACAGCAGGAGCGCUCAGAAGUGGCCUUCUACAUCUUCACCAACGGCAGCACACUCAGGUCCAACCUGACGCAGCGCUUCCUGGUGACGGAUGAGGCUCUCGCCGCCAUGGACUCGUGGCCCACAGUCUCGCUGCCGGGCUUUGAGGGGGAGCUCAACAAGUCCUCCUUCAUCAACAGACUCAUAGAAUUCAGGCGGAAGACCUACUCAGAUGAGAGCACGCUGCCCGAGGUGCUGCACUGGUACACGUCUGUGAACGCCGCCAUGUUGGAGCACCUCACCAACCAGAUCAAGGAGACGGACAGCAGUGGUGUCUGGAGGUAUCUGAUAGCAUUCAAGAACCUGCUGCGGAGCAUCGAGAACAUGGGCAUCGCCAUGGUGUACGGUAUUAACUACUACGGCCGUGGGCCGCUGGUUGGCAACAACUACAUCGAGUAUGUGAGGCACGAGGCGAUCGGCAACGACCUACUGCACUCUUCCUUCAACUACGUGCCAUCCAUAGGCGAAAAGUACGACCAACUCACGGCCCAAAUGCAGGACUUCAGCGGUAUUCAAAAGAGGAAGAAAGAAAUCUUUGGUAAUAAAAAGCGACAGCAGAGCGUGGACGAAGCCAUAGAAUACUUCGACAAUAUGGCAUCCUAUGUGGACGAACUACGGAAGUUACAGAGAGAGCUCAGAGUGAUGAUCAGGCAAUACGUGGGGAUGAGCAUUUCGGACGCCAACCGCAAGGAGGCAUACGGCAUCGCGCUGCUGGUGCUCGUGCUCAUGGUCUCCCCCGUCAUCAUCGUGCUCGUACGCAACGCCGUCGCCACUAUACAGAUGUACUCGACGCACCUGGCGCAGAAGGCGCGCGAACUGAAGCGCGAGAAGCGGAUCAGCGACAUGCUGCUGUGCCAGAUGUUGCCGCCCAGCGUCGCCCAACAGCUCAAGAGGACCCGACAGGUUCCGGCGGAAUUUUACGCAGCGGUGACUGUGUACUUCAGUGACAUCGUGGGCUUCACUGAGAUAGCAGCCAUCAGCACCCCUCUUGAGGUUGUCACUUUCCUGAACUCCAUCUACAAGCUGUUCGACGCUCGGAUAGAGUGCUACGAUGUGUACAAGGUGGAGACCAUCGGUGACUCUUACAUGGUGGCAUCUGGGCUACCCGUCAAGAAUGGCGACAAGCACGUGACCGAGGUGGCGACGAUGGCGCUGGACCUGCUGGCGGCCGCGGCACUCUUCCCCGUGCCGCACCGGCCCGGAGAGACGCUGCAGAUCCGCUGCGGCGCCCACACGGGGCCCGUCGUCGCCGGCAUUGUCGGCUCCAAGAUGCCGCGCUACUGCCUCUUUGGCGACACCGUCAACACCGCCUCGCGCAUGGAGUCCACCGGCGAAGCAAUGAGAAUUCACAUCAGUCUUGAAAUGAAGCAGGCCCUGGAUGCUGUUGGAGGUUUCCGCACAGAACACAGAGGACUUGUCGAUGUCAAGGGCAAAGGUUUGCUCGAUACUUACUGGCUGACGUGCAAAGAAGGGGGCAUCUCUCGAUCAGCACAUCUCAGCACAUAUCUUACAGAUACACAGCCAGUGUUCAUGAGACGUCUCAGAGAUGACACUUAUAUUUGAUGCUAUGAUGAUGGAUUAUGGAAAUAACUGCCAGUAAUUUUAAUAUUACUUCGAUGAACCAUUAUGAAAUUGUGAAUAGUUUAAAUCCAAAGGUUUGGCAUGUCUUAUAGAGAAAUCAUGAAACAAUUACUUUUCCUGCCAAUCCUUUCUUACAACAUAUGUUUUGUGUAAGAAAGAGCAUAUCCACCAUUUUAACAAUGUCAUUGUACCUGAGUAAAAUUGUUAUUGUUUCAUUUCCUAUUGUAAUUGUAAGAGUUAACAGUUUUUUUUAAAGCAAAGAAUAUGUGGUUGAGGAUAAUUUCUUAGUUCAAGAGCUUCACUGUAUUAUAUCAAUGAUAACUUCUCAAGAAACAUCGUUUUUUAUUAUUGACAAAUGCUGUAGACCAAGGACAACAAUGUGAAGUCUAUUGCACAUGCUGGUCUUGUGUUGUGUUCUGUUUUUUCAAUGAAUUGUUCCUCUUGAUUAAUGUUAUCACUCAUACAUCUAAAAAUGGAAACAAUAUAUGGACACACUGGCUUUAAAAUGUGUGUUACUAUAUGAGGCACUGGAACACUAAUUUAAUAUUUCACAGGUAUUUAUGUUUGAUUCCUUUAGUCGCAUGCAUUUACCAGAUUUCAAAAGUAGGUAGUAAAACUAUCAACUUCUUUCCCAUUACAACUUAACAACAUUAUCUUGAUUACUGUCUCUUUGCAAUAAUCACAAAUUCCUCUUCAUAUGACAAUUCACAGAUACCUUCCAAAACAUGUGUGGCAUGUUUUUUCCAUACUGCAGAAGGCUGUGACAUUUACCUGUCAGAACUUUGG